AUGUCGAACAUCAAGAAACCCACGGUCCUCAUUGUCGGAGCUGGUCUAGGAGGCCUUCUCUUGGGAGCACUUCUGGAGAGAGCAGAGAUUUCAUAUACUAUUUUUGAACGUGCCUUGGUUGUGCGGCCCCUUGGCUCGGGACUUAUCAUUGGACCCAACUUGCUGCCGUUGUUUGAGCAAUUGGGGAUCAUGGAAGAGUUUAUUUCACUGGGAAAGGCGACUACUGAGUGUAUCAUCAGUCGUGAGAAAGGGGGACCUCUUUGUACCGUCAGCACUCUUGUGCACAAAGAGCUAACGGGAUACUACAAUUACAACAUCCCACGCGCGCUACUCUACGACCUCCUCCUCAAACUCGUCCCACCGCACAAGAUCCAUUUCGGAGAACGAGUCUUAUCAAUCACCGAGACUGACAGAAAAGUCAAGAUCCACACCUCCAAACGGGACAUUUACGACCAAAAGGAGCGAACCUACGAGGGCGAUAUCCUUGUAGGGGCCGAUGGAGCAUACAGUACGGUUAGGCAACAGUUGUAUGAGCGGUUAAAGAAGGAGGGCAGGUUACCGGUUACGGAUCAGGAGGAUUUGCCGUUUCAUAGUACUUGUCUUGUGGGACAGACACGGCCGAUUGAUAUGGAUGUGUUCCCAGAGUUCCAGCAGCCGUUGUGUCCUUUUUAUAAUACCAUGGCUGCCAACGAGCCCUACACUUGGAUUAUCGGGGCAACAGCACAGAAAACAAUUACAUGGAUGGUGAUUCACAAUCUCGAUUCUGUCUCCAGUAAAGCCGCAGAGCAGGAACGAGCGUGGAACGGUGAGAACUCGGAGUGGGGUCCUGUUGCAGCCAAGGCGAUGAUUGAGCAGACCCGACAUUACCCGCUGCCGAUUGGAACUAGAGUGAUGACGAUGGGGAAUAUCUAUGAUGCAACUCCCAAGGAUCUGAUCUCUAAAGUCAUGUUGGAGGAGAAGGUGUUUGAGACUUGGUACUCCGGAAGGACGGUCUUGUUGGGCGAUGCGUGCCAUAAGCUGAACCCUUCCGGUGCUCACGGCGCGGUGACAUCAAUGCACGACGCACUGGCACUAGCAAAUUUGAUUUACGCCCUUCCCUCCAACCCAACCUCGAGCGACAUCAUCCAGGCCUUCUCAGAGUACCAAACUGAGCGGAUCCCGCACGUCAUGGAAUCCUUCGAGAACAGUCAACUUCUCUCUAAAUUCAUGAACAGAAACAUCACCGGAUGGGUGGCAUUCUUCUUGAUGAAGGGCUUGCCAGAUUGGGUGUUCAGGAUCACAAAGCGCAAGAUGGUCCAGAAUCGACCGACAGCUGGAUGGUUGCAGGAGGUGGAUGUUCGGGGUACUGUGGCGCCGGAUGUGUCACCGAGUACUGAGAAGGCUAGAGCGGUGUUUUGGCAACGCCAGCAGGGCGGGUUUUAA